AUGACAUCCGUGGCACCGCAGAGAGUUUCCUCGUUUGCAUCUAAGGCUGCCGUUGCAGCCACGGGCCAACAUAACACUAACAGAGCUUUGACUGGCUCAGAAAGGCAGAUAGAUCGCGUCGUGGAAAGUGUGGCCAACGCUAAUAAAAGGCUUUCUCAGACGUCCACUACAUCCAACAGCAAACGGAAAGCUGAAAAUAGAAUUGGUCCCUGGAAACUGGGCCGGACAUUAGGACGAGGCUCUACCGGAAGGGUCAGAUUGGCUAAACACUGUGUCACUGGUCAGUUAUCUGCUGUCAAAAUCGUCCCCAAAGCGGCCCCAGGUACAGUCACGCACUACAAGAAUGGUAAGGGUCCUAAAAUUGAUGCAAACGGCUUGCCGUACGGCAUAGAAAGGGAAAUUAUUAUCAUGAAGCUUAUAUCGCACCCAAAUAUCAUGGCACUUUAUGAUGUUUGGGAGAAUGACAACGAGCUUUAUUUGGUUUUGGAGUAUGUGGAGGGAGGUGAAUUGUUUGAUUUUCUAAUUAAUCAUGGCCGUCUUACGGAACAAGAAGCUGUGGGAUAUUUCAAGCAAAUCAUCAAAGCAGUUGAAUAUUGCCACAAAUUUGACAUCUGUCAUCGUGAUUUGAAGCCAGAAAAUAUAUUGUUGGACAAAAAUCAUAAUAUCAAGAUUGCUGAUUUUGGUAUGGCCGCUCUAGAAACCAAACAUAAGCUGCUUGAGACAUCGUGCGGAUCCCCUCACUAUGCUUCUCCAGAAAUUGUUGCCGGAAGGACAUAUCAUGGUUCUCCAAGUGAUGUGUGGUCAUGUGGAAUUAUCUUCUUUGCAUUACUUACUGGUCAUUUACCUUUUGAUGACUCCAACAUUCGCAAACUGCUGCUGAAAGUCCAGACUGGAAAGUUUCAUAUGCCAGUCAAUUUGAGCAGCGAAGCUAAGGAUUUAAUUUGGUCUAUGUUAAGGGUCGACCCGCGCGAUAGAAUAUCUAUUCAUGACAUCUUGAACCACCCUUUGCUGAAAAAGUAUCCAGACACAGGCGAUGAGAUCUUCAUAGCCCAGGAGGCUGACUUGAAAAUGACGAAACCUAUCCUUAAUAUCGACCCCGACAUAUUGCAUAACCUUCAAACCUUGUGGCAUGGAAUUCCAAUCAAUGAGCUUGUGAGAAAUCUUCAAAGCGAGGAUCAGAACUCCGAGAAAAUGUUUUACUACUUGCUGGAAAAGUAUAAGGAAUGUCAUGCUCAAGAUUCUGAUGAAGAACAAACACAUUCGAAAACGCGGAAGCGCCCGCCAUCUCCUGCAAAGUCCGCAAAGCUAGGAAUCCCCAAAUCAACCAGUAUUCGUACCAUCAUCCAAGAUGAGCAUGGCGAGGUGCUCAAGAUGUCCACUAGAGAAAUUCCUUCAACAACCAACAAAGUUCUCCAAAGAAGACCGGCAAGGUCCACAAGUAUCAACAAGAACAAAGCUCCUGCAAUGAUAGUCUCUUCUUCGUCUCGAAAAUCUGUUUCUUUCCGCAGACAUAACAGUCAGAAGUUGCCAAAAGAUGAAUCCAAGCCGUCUCGUUCAAAUUCGCCUGCGAGAUCAAAGAAACUUACCGUCAACCCGAAAGAUCUGCCUAAAUUACCAGAGGUUGACCUCAGCGACUUCACCUAUUUGGUUGACGCCGUCUUUACAGAAGACAAGGUUGACAUCGAUUUGAAGUUUGAGAUAUUCGAAGAUAAAACUGACCUUAUUCCAGGAAACAAAGGUUCCUUGAAUGGUUCUCCUCGGAAACCAGAUGCUAGGGAGACUUCCAGUGAGAACACUACAGUGGAGGAAAGGAAUCUGCAUUCUCUCGAUCCCAAGAAAAGACGCCCUCCACUUAAAGAUUCAAACUCGGCUUCUAUUCGUAAGACGAGCAAUGUCCUACAGAAAUUUGGAGUGCGUAUGAGUAGACUCGAUGAUCUCGAUUUCAAGGAAAACAAUGAUGAUAAAAGCUUUCCAAAAGCUCCGCUGAGAAAAGCAUCGAUUGAAAGCUCGCACUCGUCAAUUAGGAAUUUGUCGUCUUAUUUGGAUCCUCAGAAUGAUAUUAGUUUGAAUGACUACAACAAGCGCAGCAAAAAAGAGAGACCUCCGUCAAGAAAACUGCCACCAAAUCUCGCAACAGCAAAGGCGAAAACCCAUAAAGCCGAUGUUUCUGUUGACGAAUCCUUAAUAUCAUACGACAAUUCGUAUAGUCUACAUUCAGCGAUACAGAUUCCUAUUCUCACUCCUCAAGAGGAACAAUUCAAGAUACCGCCCCUGGACCAGGACAAAUUUGCUGACGCAGACUCUGAGAAGAAUGCAAAGUUUGUUUCCUCGCAGUCGAAUUGUUCCAUCAUCAAAACACAUCACAAGGUCGAAUCGGCAACUUCUCAGGACUCUCAAUUGAACAAGUUUGUUCAACAACCUUUCCCAACGAUUCGAUGCUCUUUGCUGGCCAAUUCCAAUUAUGACAUGCCUCCUGAGGAAGCUCAUCAAAGAAAGCGGAUGACUCUCACUCCUGAAAAAACGAAGAAGAUCGAGACUGUCGUUGAAGAGCCUGCGAGGGCUUCUGUUUUUGCUGAUCCUGAGGUGGAGCUGCCACUCGUUGUGAGGGACGAGACAACCAUUUUCGACGACGAGACCACAGAAAAACGAAAGUCGUCGCGCCCGUAUCCUAUCGAUGUGACUAGAACAAAAGAAAGAAGAACCCCGGGAUCCCAAGUUAAAGCUAGACUUUCUUCUCUUAUCUCAAAACGAGACUCCGCGCCGAUUUUCCAAAUUGAAAACUCCCCUGUGGAUCCCGAUUUCAAAGAAAGGGAGAUAAGAGAACGCCAAGCCCAGGCAUUUUCUGUGAGUCCGCAGAAGCGGCCAAAUUGGUUUAAACGACUACUGGGCACCAUCGAGAAACAAGUUGAUAGUCCGCAUGUGAGAAGACAGGCUACGAGAUUUAAGAGCUCUCAAUUCUGGAAAAAACAACAUAUCAUUGAGACAGACGUUCUCUCUUGCGAGCAGGUGAUUGAGGGUUUGUGCUUGAAGCUGGAUCACCAGAACUCGAUCAAGCUUCGUCCGGGUCGAAUGUCGACUGCUUUGAAUGUGGAGUACGUGGGAGACUCUAAAAAAAAUAGCCUCAAUGUGACUGUGGAGACAGAACGACAAGACGGCUACGAAUACGGGUUUUCAGGGUGUGUUGUUAGACUGAUGAAGAACUCGGGGUCCACGAAGAUGUUCAAGCUUUCGGCUUCGAUGGUGGAGCAGAUUAUCCGCGAUCUGGAGUUGACUAUAUAA